CCCCCUUUGAAGCUCUAUUUAAACAGAAGCCUGGUCAAACAAAUUCGCAUUUUCUGGCUUCUAGCAAAGGAACUUCAUCAGACCGCAGCAAUCUAUAUUACUUCCAUUAUGUCCUACCCAACAACUCUAUAUUUAAUUGGUGGUAAUGGAGGUGAUCCAUUUUCAUUUACUGGUCAGAACAACGGUGCCAGUCUAGAGAAGAUCGGGGUUUGGGUUGAAGGAUGGCAAGUAAAGGCUGUCAGGGUCUGGCUUUCAGAUGGGAACAAUCAAACCUUUGGGGAACCAUCAGGACCGUAUCAAGAGUUCACGUUCCAGCCUGGUGAGUGUUUCACCUCACUGUCCCUGUGGGGAAAUGGAGCUGGAACACGUCUCGGAGCCAUCAAAUUCAGGACCAGUCGGUCUAGAGAAUUUUUCGUGAAAAUGACAAGCUGGCCAUUAAAAACAGAAUACCCUAUCGAUGUCGGAUCUGGAUUUUGUCUGGGUGUUGUAGGAAGAAGUGGUGCAGACAUCGACUGCAUGGGAUUUCUGUUUCUCAAUGCUGUUCAAUCAGCAAUUCUCACCAAUGUCAAUUAUCCCACCAUUAACCAAAAGGUUCCUCAGGUCAGUGUGGAAGAACUUAAGUUCAUCACUUACACAAAUGACACCUCAGUCAGUCAAACACAAAUAAUCGAAACUUCAAAGAAAGUAAUCACAAAAUCCUCAUGGUCUGUGAGUAACAACUUCACAGCUACAUUUUCUGUGGAAGUCAAGGCUGGGAUUCCAGAGAUUGCAGAAGUUUCAACAGGAUUCAGUUUUACUGUUGGAACAGAAAACACAUACAGUCACGAGAAAAUGGCUGAAAGAACGGAAACUCUGACUUCCAAUAUAGAAGUUCCACCAGGAAAGAAGGUAGAUGUUGAUAUCACCAUUGGCAGAUCCAGUUUUGAUCUGCCUUACACUGGCACAGUAAUUAUAACUUGCAAGAAUGGCAGUGUGCUACAGUAUGAAAAUAGUGGCCAAUACAAAGGUGUCACAUACACCGAUAUCAAAGUGAAUACUAAAGAGUCCAGCCUGUGAGCUAAAGAGCUUUUUUAUCUAUAUAUACACACAUACAUGUCCAGAAGGAUAUGAACAGCAACUUAUUAUAGAAAUCCAGUAUUUAAAAACCAUAAAACUCCAAACAUACAAAGAUAUUCUGGAGAAUUGUGAGAAUUUAACAAUGUUUGUCGACAUCUAGAAAUGUUCAUGCUUAGGCCAGCUUUCUUCAGUCUCAUUUAGAUUUUUGCUUAUGGUUUUAUCACUGAUGUAUCAAUUGUUUUCACAUUAUUUUGUUUGGGUGUUGGGAAGGGGGAGGGAAAUCAUAUGUAUAUCAUUUGUUACAAAAAAAAACUUCCAGUGCCAAUACACAAAUAUCCAUAUCGCACUGAACUUUGUUUAAUCUCCUUAAAAUGUUACAGGUUACAGGAUUAAUAUCAAUAUGUAUGAUUUUCAAAUGUGUUUGAUCUGAUAUCUUAAUAAAAGCAUUUUACUUUAUUCAGUAAAAA